CCAGCCCGGGAUUCCCAGCUGCUCCCAUUCUCUGAUCAGGACUGAACUCAGAUGACUCACCAUGGAGCUGGGGCUGAGCUGGGUGGUCCUGGCUGCUCUUCUACAAGGUGUCCAGGCUGAGGUGCAGCUGGUGGAGUCUGGGGGAGGCUUGGUGCAGCCUGGGGGGUCUCUGAGACUCUCCUGUGCAGCCUCUGGAUUCACCUUCAGUAGCUACUGGAUGUACUGGGUCCGCCAGGCUCCAGGGAAGGGGCUCGAGUGGGUCUCAACUAUUAAUAGUGGUGGUGGUAGCACAUACUAUGCAGACUCAGUGAAGGGCCGAUUCACCAUCUCCAGAGACAACGCCAAGAACAUGCUGUAUCUGCAAAUGAACAGCCUGAAACCUGAGGACACGGCCCUGUAUUACUGUGUGAGAGACACAGUGAGGGGAAGUCGGUGUGAGCCCAGAUGCAAACCUCCCUGCAGGGACACAGGGUGGGUGCAGGGGGCGCACACGACCCACCAGGGGGCAUAUCUGAUCCACCAGGUGGUGCUCAGGGUCCACCUGCUGUGUUCAGGGUCAGCCCAAGUUCAGAGGCUUGAGGAGCCAAAAAGCCCAGAAGACAGACUUAAAGAGCAGGUCAAAGAAAUCAUCGUCCUCUCUCCUGGUGGAAGUGUCCCUCCCUCGGGGACCAAGGCCAUAGACACACUCCCAGAAGAGUCUCCUGAGCUUGAACUUGUUGACGAACAUGGCGUCUACAUGACUUUGGGGCGAACAGUUUAUAGACAGGUGACCAUCCCCGCAUCAAACAUUGACCCUGCUUAUGAAGGCAGCACUUACUACAGCCCAUCCCUCAAGAGCCGCACCUCCAUCUCCAGGGACAAGUCCAAGAACCAGUUCUCCCUGCAGCUGAGCUCUGUGACCCCUGAGGACACGGCCGUGUAUUACUGUGCCACAGACACUACACCCGGCCCUGGCCCUGCAGCACUGGGAGAGGAGCCCCAGCCCGGGAUUCCCAGCUGCUCCCGUUCUCUGAUCAGGACUGAGCACAGACAAUACACCAUGGAACUGGGGCUGAGCUGGGUGGUCCUGGCUGCUCUUCUACAAGGUGUCCAGGCUGAUGUGCAGCUGGUGGAGUCUGGGGGAGGCUCGGUGCAGGCUGGAGGGUCUCUGAGACUCUCCUGUGCAGCCUCUGGAUACACCUACAGUAGCUACUGCAUGGGCUGGUUCCGCCAGGCUCCAGGGAAGGAGCGUGAGGGGGUCGCAGCUAUUAAUAGUGGUGGUGGUAGCACAUACUACGCCGACUCCGUGAAGGGCCGAUUCACCAUCUCCCAAGACAACGCCAAGAACACGGUGUAUCUGCAAAUGAACAGCCUGAAACCUGAGGACACGGCCAUCUAUUACUGUGCGGCAGACACAGUGAGGGAAAGUCAUUGUGAGCCCAGACAAAAACCUCACUCCCUGGGGCACCCACAGCCCCCAGGGGGUGCUCACGACCCACCAAGGGCAGGGCUGAGCCCCAGAGCAGGUGCAGAGUUGCGAGAUGAGUUUGUAGUUACAAUCCUUGAUUUCCUUUUCCCUCCCAUCAACUCUACUACAGACCCUCUGCUGGAUUCUAAAUUUUCAUUGUUGAGGUACUGUGAAAAGACGGCUUCUGAGGAGAAUCUUGGAGACGACCAGGAGGCAGAAAUUGGUCCAUCAGUUUUCAGCAAUCAUGAGGGACUUCAGUGGUGA